GGCGGUCGGAGCAGGCGGGCGGCCGGGAGGCGGAGGACUGAGGACGCCGAGCCCGGCCUCCCCCGUGCCCCGGCCCAGCUCCCCGCCAGCCGGGCCUCCCCCAGUCCCGGCCCGGCCGCCCCAUGCCUGGCCCGACACAUCCACUCUCCGGGCCCCUGGCCGGCCUCUCCCAGCCACGGCCACCCCGGGACCGAGCCUCGGGGUCUGCGUCCCCCGGCGGUCCGGUCGUCCGGGUUAAGCGUCUUUCUGCCCCGGGGUCCCUGCGCCGCGCGCUGGGCCAGCCGUGCCCGCGAGCCCGGCGCUGCGCCUGCACCUGCGCGGCCGGCAGCCCCGGCGCCACGCUUUGCUUGAUCUGCAACACGCGAGCUCCCCGAGCCGGGCGUGUGCGCCGUGGAACCCUUGCGUUGCUCCGCUCCCCCUGGAGCCCCCAGCCCUGGAGCUGUGGGUGCUCGAAGGCAGGCCCUGUUGUCCCAGAGACUUCUGUCAUCUGGUGCUCUGAGAGGUUAUCUCAGACGGGAGAGUCUAGAGCCCUGUCACGUCUCGUGUACAUGUCACAGAGCAAGCACACGGAGGCGCGGGAGCUCAUGUGCUCGGGGGCACUCCUGUUCUUCAGCCACGGCCAACAAAACAGCGCUGCGGACUUGUCCAUGUUGGUCUUAGAGUCGCUGGAGAAGGCAGAAGUCGAGGUGGCCGCUGACCUGUUGGAAAAUCUGGCUAAACUGUUCAGUCUGAUGGACCCGAAUUCCCCAGAGCGAGUGGCUUUUGUGUCUCGAGCCCUGAAGUGGUCCAGUGGAGGAUCAGGGAAGCUGGGCCACCCCCGUCUCCACCAGCUGCUGGCCCUCACCCUGUGGAAAGAGCAGAACUACUGCGAGUCCCGGUACCACUUCCUGCACUCAGCGGACGGCGAGGGCUGUGCGCACAUGCUGGUGGAGUACUCCACGUCCAGGGGUUUCCGCAGCGAGGUGGAUAUGUUCGUGGCCCAGGCCGUGCUACAGUUUCUCUGUUUAAAGAACAAAAGCAGCGCGUCAGUGGUGUUCACAACGUACACACAGAAACACCCGUCCAUCGAGAACGGCCCUCCGUUUGUGCAGCCUCUGCUGAAUUUCAUCUGGUUUCUGCUGCUGGCCGUAGAUGGGGGCAAACUGACCGUGUUCACGGUGCUGUGUGAGCAGUACCAGCCAUCCCUCCGGCGGGACCCCAUGUACAAUGAGUACCUGGACCGGAUAGGACAGCUGUUCUUUGGGGUGCCGCCCAAGCAGACGUCUUCGUACGGGGGCUUGCUGGGGAACCUUCUGAGCAGCCUCAUGGGCGCCUCGGAGCAGGAGGGCGAGGACAGUCAGGACGACAGCAGCCCCAUCGAGCUCGACUGACCCCGCCCGGCGGCCCGCACGAAGCCGCCCCGAGCCCGGGCCCCCACGCCCGGGGGCUCCCGGUCCGCGGCUGCCGUGGCCGCGUUGGCGUCUGCGCGCCCGCCCCGGGCUGCGCCUCCGCCGCGGCUGUGCUGGCUGGGCCGCGCUGCACCUCCAGACUGACCACAAUAAAGCACGGGCCUUGCCGCGCUCCCACCCUCUCCCUGUCCUCUGUGUCUGGUUUGCUUCGGGAGGCCCCCUGGCGUUGGCGUGGGGGGUGGCCGCCGCCCAGCCAGCACCACCUGGACGUCCUGCGGUGGCCCGGCCACCGGUGUCCCGGAGAGCAUCGGGGCGGCUGCUCUGUGCCAAAUCCCGAGGCCACGGCCGCUCGGGACGGGCCUCGCGAGGGGAUCGGGAGUCCUUUCCACGUCUCGAAAGGCGGUAUUUAUUUUCAUUGGGUGGUUGAUUCCUCUGACCUGACGUUUUAGGGUUUAACCGAACAGCCAGUCCGGGAGUGAGCGGAUCUGCCCUUUCUCGCUGAUGCCAGACCCGGUGUUCCCAGGGCGAUUACAAGAGGGGAGACACUUUAUUUUUUCACAAUUUAAAAUAAGAGUUGUAGAUUAAUACACAGUGAUCAUGCAUGGCGAGGCGUAAGAUACACACACUUUUAUUGACUGUAAGACGAAGUUUAAAGGAAGGUCUGUGUUAAUCGUUGAGUUUAAAUAAAUCCUUUAUACUGGG